AUCAGUUAGAUACUGUCUGUCAAAUCGAAUUUUUAAUUGGAAAACACUUAAAAUGAUUUAAUUAUCGAAAGUACUUAACUAUAAUACGAUUUAUGAUAAUCGUAUUUAUUAAUUUCAGCUUAAUUUGAGUUAUUCUUGUUCAUCAAGUUCUACUUAACCUCAAGUUUUGAGUAAAAAAUGGCUGGGAAUAAGUGUAAACAUUGUGGGAGCUCUGAGAUCGAAGAAGAUCCAGCCCGUGGAGAUGCCGUAUGCAUGAAUUGUGGAGCCGUUUUAGAAAGUAAUCUUAUCGUUAGCGAAAUACAGUUUCAAGAAGAUGCAAAUGGAACUAGUAGUGCUAUUGGACAGUUCGUUUCCGCGGAAUCGAAAGGAGGAAUGUGUGGAAAUUUUGGAAAUUCUUUUCAUGUUGGAAUGGGUACGGAAUCUCGUGAAAUAACACUACGAAAAGCUCGUCAAGGCAUCACAACAUUAUGUAACCAGCUAAAUUUAAAUCAACAUUACAUUGACACAGCUUGUAAUUUUUUUAAAAUGGCUUUAUCACGACAAUUGACACGAGGACGAAAGAAUACUCAUGUGUUUGCAGCAUGUGUUUAUAUAACUUGCAGAACAUCUGGAACUUCUCAUCUACUAAUUGAUAUCAGCGAUGCUCUACAAAUAUGCUGCUACGAAUUAGGAAGAACUUACCUGCGUUUAUCGAAAGCUUUGUGUAUAAAUAUUCCAUCAGUUGAUCCAUGCAUUUAUAUUUUAAGAUUUGCAAAUAAAUUACAACUCGAAGAUAAAACACAACAGGUGACUACAACCGCUUUACGAUUAGUGCAAAGAAUGAAACGUGAUUCUAUACAUUCGGGGCGAAGACCGUCAGGAUUAUGUGGAGCAGCAUUAUUGAUGGCAGCACGCCUUCAUAAUUUUUCUCGAAAUACCGGUGACAUUGUUAAAAUUGUUAAAGUUCACGAAUCAACUUUAAGAAAACGGCUAUUCGAAUUUGGAGAUACUCCUUCGAGUGCGUUAACGCUGGAGGAAUUCAUGACAGUUGACUUGGAGGAAGAACAAGAUCCACCAGCUUUUAAAGCUGCUCGUAAAAAGGAUAAAGAACGAUUAAUGAAGCUGCACGAAGAAGGCUAUGAACAAAUUACAGAAAUGCAAAAAGAAAUAGAUACAAUGCUUCAAGAAACUUCGACGAAACGGAGAUUCAAAAAAUACGAAGAAUUAGCAGCGAAAGAAAGCCAGGAUGUAGAAACGUUUAUUACAGAAUCAACCAUCGGCGUAAUAAAAAAUUGUAUAAACGAUAACACAGAAACAUCCACAGAAGACAAUAAUUCAACAACACAAGAAAUUGGACCUAAUUUAGUGACAUUUGGUCUUGUUCCGUCGAAUUCAGAAGAAGGAGAUAACACAGAAACUAUAAUGGCCGAAGAAGAAGGAAUUGAAAUUCAACUUGAUGGAUUAGACGAAGAUGAAAUUGAUUCUUAUAUAAUGUCCGCAGAUGAAGCAAAAUAUAAAGAUGGAAUUUGGAACAAAAUAAAUGCUACUUAUCUAGAAGAACAAAAAAUUAAACAAGAAAAAUUAGCCAAAGAAAAAGAGGAAGGUAAAACAGAAAAACGUAAAAAGAAAAGUGGUCAACGUAAAAAACAAACAGGUCCGGCAAAUUCUGCUGGUGAAGCUAUUGAAAAAAUGUUACAAGAAAAACGUUUAUCAUCGAAAAUCAACUACGAUGCUUUAAAGAGUUUAAAUAUUAAAUCAGAAAGUAAUAAACCAUCGACAGAAACAAUACAAACACAAGACAACGACAACGACAAUUUCGCCAUUCCAAAACCUCCUCCAGAAAAAAGACAAACACCAUUAACACCAGAACCUAAAAAGGCUCCAUCAAGUAAAAGAAAGACGUCAGAAUCGAACGAUACUAACAAUAUUGACAACAGUAUAACAAGUGAAGAAACUACAACUGCUAUUAAGAAACAGAAAAUUGAGACUGAGACUGAAAAUGAAAACAUUGAGUCAAAUCCACCUGCAACUCCCACUCCAUCAGCAUUGGAAGAUGAAGACUUAGACGAAUAUUACGAUGAAGAACAACCUUCAACAUCAACAGAAAUGGGAAUGUUUCAAAUGCUUAAAAAUUAUCGAGGUGAUGAAGGCGAUGGUGAUGAUUUUGAAAAUUAUGGCGGAUUUGAAGAAGGCUAUGAUGAAGAAUAUUAAUUAUUAUAUAUGGAUGCAUGCUCUCAUGUAUGUUUUUAAUAUUUCUUGCGCUUAUACGUCUUAAAAAUUUAGAAUUGAAACAUUUUUAAUUUUGGAUGAAUUAAUUACAUUUAAUCGGAUCAUCAAAUACGUGAAAGCAAUAAAGGAAGCAUAAUAAAUAUCGCUAAUCCGACUCUUUCUGUGUUAAAUAAAGGAAGUAUCACAUGAGAAGGGUUAGGUUGGCAAUAUCGACUUGGAGGCUCCAAGCAACUAUCCUUUUAAAAAAGGAUAGUUGCGAUUACUUCAUACAUCAUUAAACAUUUUUCAAUUUCAAAUGGUUUAAGUUUUAUGAAU